AUGUCAGAACCCAAGUUAUCACAAAGACAUGAUGAUAAGGUAUUAAAUAUGAAUGUUAUUGGUAUAACGGAUCGAUUAUUACAAAAAUCAAAUAGUGUACUCAAUAAAAUUGAAGAAAAUAUAGAUCUUACAAGUUCGCUUAGGAAAUCAAACAAUCUAAUAUCACAAAUAGAUCAUAAGAUAGAUGGUCUUACUGGGAAUUUACAACAAUAUCAAUAUUAUUUAUCACAAUUGAAUUCAUUAUUGAUAAGAAGUGAGUUUUUCGAAGCUCAAUUGAAUAUGUUAGAGGCUCAUGAUCAAUUAGACUCAUUAAGGUCUUCAGAAGGGAUGCCUAGCUUGAAUGAUUGGAAAGAUGAUGAUUUAAAUUGGAGAACUACUGAAGCCACAUUAGAGAAUUUAUAUUUGGAAUAUCAAUAUUUAACAAAACAAAUGGAACAACUACAAGAUCCAGAGGCUUUCAAAGCAGUAUUGAUGAGACAAUUUAAUCCAGCACCUGUUUUUGAUGAAGAAGUUACAAAUCAAAGACCAACUUUACAAAAUAAAAUGAGUAUGGCUGAUAUGAAACUGAAACCUAUGAGAAUAGUAUCAAGAAAACAAGAAAAACAAAGAAGAAAUUCAUUAGAACUUAAUAAGAAAAGACCUGUUGCUUCAAUACCAACAAUUUAUAGACCUCAAACACAACCUCAAACCAAAAAUGUUCAAUCACUACCCACACCUGAAACAUCAUUUGAUAAUACAAUGGGUGAUACUACAACUGAUUAUUUCAAUUAUCAAGAUGAUUCUAUGGUUUCUCCAUUAUCCAAUAUUAAACGUUCAUCAUCAAGAAGAAACUCUCAUGCAACAAUUAAUAAACAUACAAGAUCAUCCUCAUUACCAGAAUCUAUCGUUUCAAACAUGCUCGAUACUGUGAAAUUUAACCUUGCUGAAGAUCCAUUAUCACCAGAAAAUACAAAGAAUAGAAAAUUCAGUUUAAGACAUUUUAUAUCUCAUGAAACAGGAUUGAAGACUAGAGGUGCUAUUAUGGAAGAAGAUGAAGAAGAUGUCAAAGAUUCAGAAUUCUUGAACUCGCCGGUUUCAAUACAUUUAGAAUCCUUUUUGAAACCAAAACCUACUAUUGCAUCAAAAGGUAAAGAGCUUGAGGAACCAAUUAAAGAGUCUAUGAAUUUGGAAGAAGACCCUCAUUUGGAGAAAGAGGAAGUUGCUGUAUUUGAGCAUAAGCUGAAUAGAUCAAACUCGUGUGAUAGUAUAUUUUCAACAAUGAAGACAGAACCUUAUAUUCCAUUAACUGAUAAUAAGCAACAAACUAUGAAUUGGAUGAAACAAUUUUCAAAACCUCAAAAUACAAUUUCAACAAAAGAAUCAAAUGUUACAACAUUAUCUGUCAAUAAUCUAUCUUCUUCAAUUUCUUCACCAAGUCGUAAGGCACUUACUGAUCUGGUUACUCAAAAUUCAUCAGUUCCUAAACCAACUCCAGCAAAUAGAUUUCCAUUCUUAUUCGCUUCAAAGAAAUCAUCACCAUUAGCUGCAACUUCUGAUGGAUCAUCAUCACCAAUGACUUCACCUAUUGCAACUUCAACUUCAAGUCCAUUUUACACAGAAGCAUCAACUGCUCAAUCCAUACCAAUGCCAGCUAGAAGACAACUUUCAGUUGAUGAUAGCUCAUCAUAUCAUUCUUUUGAAGCUUCAUAUUCAAACUCACCACAACAUAAACAAUGGUCAUUAUUAUUAGACAGAUUUAAACCAAAAGCCAUGGUUCCAUCAAGUAGUCUUGUUACUUCAGAAGUUGGAAGACCUAUUCCUAGAGUUCAACCAAUUAAAAUAAAUCAUCAAGACAACAAUUUCAAUAAACCACACAUCUCAUCAUCACUAGCUCCAAAUGAUAAAAUCAAAGGAAGUUUUUCAACUUUAACUAUAGGUCCUAAUAGAUCUAAAAUUGUUCAACAUGGUGAAUCAUCAACUUUGGGACAAAGCCUUGUCAUUAGUUCUAAAGUUAGUCAUGCAGCAUUAAAAGAAGCUUUAAAUAAUGAUUUCAGUUUCGAAUGA